AUGGGCAAUCCAGUGAUGCUCUACUUCUACAAUAACAUAGUCUCGCAGGCCUGGAAAGACAAGUUCAUCCAUUCGCAUGUAUCGGUGGCUGGCGCUUGGGGUGGUGCUCUGCAGAUCGUCCGUCUUUUCGCUUCAGGUGAACAUCUAGGAUACAACAUGAACCACUACCGCAUUCUGCUGCCGCCGAGUACUCUGCGUGAUAUGCAGCGAUCAUUUACCAGUUCUGCUUUCCUGUUUCCAAGUUACAAUGUCUGGAAUGACUCCGAAGUUGGUCCUUUGUUGUUGCUUCACCCAAAAUAUUCGGUGCUGGCAGCAGUCGGCGACAAAAACUACACGCUGAAAAAUGUGGAAGAAUUUUUCAACGAUAUCAGAUACGAAGUAGGCUUCAGUCAGUAUCAAAACACGGCUCACCUAUUGGGCAAAUUUAGCGCACCAAAAGUCGAGGUGCGUUACGUUUUUAUCAGUGCUCUUUACGUAGUGGAAAAAAGAACUAUUUAA